GUGAUGGGCGGCAUCGGGGGAGACAUGUUCAACUACUUCAAGAUGCUGAUGCUGCAGGGCCUGAUUGCUGCUCGCAAACACAUGGACAAGGUGGUGCAGAUCGUGGAGAUCAUGCAGCAAGGCUCCCAGCUGCCCUGCUUCCACGGCUCCAGCACCAUCCGGAACCUGAAGGAGCGCUUCCACAUGAACAUGACGGAGGAGCAGCUGCAGGUGCUGGUGGAGCAGCUGGUGGACGGCAGCAUGCGCUCGCUCACCACCAAGCUCUACGACGGCUUCCAGUACUUCACCAACGGCAUCAUGUGACGGCCUGGACCGGAACUCCCCCCUCCCGUCCUCCCUCCCCCCCUCCUCCCGGCCCAGGGUCCAGGACAGACGGACGGACGGGGGCUGCUGGGCUGGGCCUCUGCAAGGAGGGGGAGGCAGCCGCCGGAGGAGGAGACUUUGGACUGUAAAUGGGGAUGG